CUCUCCUUGGUCGUCGCCGUCGACGCCGCCCGCAGAGGAAACAAGAUCAACGUGAUCGACAGGUGCUGGCGGCGCAACCCGAGGUGGGCCGCUAACCGACAGCGGCUCGCCAUGUGCUCGGUGGGCUUCGCCGGCAAGAUGACCAUGAACAGAGGGCGCGGCGUGAGCAGGUACGUGGUCACGGACUCUAGCGACGACCCCGUGCGGCCUCGCCCAGGGACGCUGCGCUACGGCGCGACGGUGCUCCAGGGCAAGGUGUGGAUCACGUUCGCGCGAGACAUGCAGAUCCGCCUCGUGCGCCCGCUCGUCGUCAAGAGCUUCACCGCCAUCGACGGCCGCGGCGCCGACGUCCACAUCGCCAACGGCGCCGGUUUCUUGCUUUAUAAGGUGCAGAACGUAAUUAUCCACGGGCUGCAGUUCCACCACCUGCAGUCGCAGGCGCCGGGGCCGAUCAUCGACCCGCACGGGGAGCUAUCGCACUCCGGCAACGAGGACGGCGAUGCCAUCAGGGUGGUGACGGCCUCCAAGGUGUGGAUCGACCACAACACACUGUACUCGUGCGAGGACGGCCUCAUCGACGUCACCCGCGGCUCCACCGACAUCACCAUCUCCAACAACUGGUUCCACAACCACGACAAGGUCAUGCUCCUCGGCCACAGAGACGGCUACAUCCGUGACAAGGCCAUGCGCGUCACCGUCGCCUUCAACCGCUUCGGCCCCAACUGCAACCAACGCAUGCCCAGGGUGAGGUACGGAUACGCGCACGUGGUGAACAACUUAUACGACGGAUGGAAAGAGUACGCCAUCGGGGGAAGCGUCGGGCCGACCAUCAUGAGCGAAGGGAACCUGUUCGUGGCGUCGAAGCAGAAGGAGGUGACGAGGCGGAUGCCGGCCAGCGAAGGCAAACCGCUGGCCAGGUCGUGGAAUUUGCGUUCCGAGCACGACGCCUUCGAGAACGGGGCCUUCUUCAGUAAGUCGGGAUCCCGCGUGGCGAGUCCCCGGUACGAUGCGCAACAGAGGUUUACGGCGGCGAGCCCUGGUGCAGUGAGGGCGCUGACGAGGAACGCCGGCGCACUACGCUGCAGCAAGAAGGCUCGAUGUUAGCACGAAGGCUCGAUCAAAAAGAUUCAGUACGUAGAAAAGGAUAAAAUGCAAUUUAAGACGAGUUAAAUCGGAUUUAUAUGCAUCAAAUGUGUAUAGAAAUAGAAGCUCUUCGAAUUUUGCAUAAUAGCCGGUACCGCUUUGCUGGCAUAAUCUUCCGAUGAAAUCUCCACCUAAUGAUUUCAACACAGAAUUGUAUUACUUUUAGGUGCAUGAAACUGAAGCAGGUACACAUUUUAACUCCAAUGCAAUCAAAUGCUUAAACUAUCUAAAGAUGAUCUACAAGCGAGGAAACAGUCACCUCAAUAGUUGGAGCUA